AAAGUUGCAUAUAUAGGAGAUCAAUUUCCUCACUUGCAUUGCAUGUCUCGUUACUAAUAUCUUCUCUUUUUUUUCUCUUUCCAAUUUCCACUAUCACACCCAAAUUUCAUCAAAACUUUAACAAUGAGAGUUUCAUCACAAAAUUCAGAAACCGAGAGCACCUCAAAUUCAUCACCACCAACAUCACCAUGUACAACUAACUCAAUUCAAGACCAAGAAUCAAACAUAAACAACAAGAAUCUUAAACGCAACCGUGACUCGAAUAGACAUCCCGUCUACCGAGGUGUUCGCAUGAGAAAUUGGGGAAAGUGGGUGUCUGAAAUCCGUGAGCCUCGCAAGAAAUCACGGAUUUGGCUUGGCACUUUCCCCACGGCUGAAAUGGCUGCCAGAGCGCAUGACGCAGCUGCGCUCUGUGUUAAAGGGAAAACAGCCAUUCUCAAUUUUCCUCACCUGGCAUCAUCUCUUCCAAAACCCGUUUCUUUAGCCCCUCGCGAUGUUCAAGCCGCGGCAACUAAAGCAGCUCAAAUGGACAUCAAAUUAGAAUCACCAUCAUCUUCUUCUUCAUUUACAUCGUUGUCAUCAAUGACAUCAUCGAUAACAACAAUCUCAUCAUCAACAAGUCUGCUAAUGAAAACAGCAACAACGAUGUCUUCAUCAACAGACUUGUCAACUACUUCUGAAGAACUUAGUGAGAUUAUUGAGCUACCUACUUUGGAAAAUGUUUAUGAUGAGGUUGGAAAAGAUGAGUUUUUGUUUGUUGACUCACAAUCACAAGACUAUGCUUGGAUGUAUCAGCAACCAAUGACAUGGUUACAUACAACACAAGAAGAUGGUUGUUGUGGUGAUGAUGGUGUUGUAACUAGUUUCGAGAGUUUUCUCUGGAAUUACUAGGUUCUUGUUUUUUUCUUUCUCUCUUGUCUUUUUUUGUGAAUGCUUUUGUUUUAUUUUAUUUUCUUUAAUUGAUUGAUAUGAUAUGAUUAUAGUUGCAUCUAUAAUUAUUAA